AUGCAGACUGUGUGUGCGGGCGGCAGGAGACCCUUAUCUCUCUCAAGACGUUUAUGCUCUAAAUACUUACGUUGUCUCAUUAAACGGACUACUUCUUUUUUUUUCAGAAUUGCUGUCAUUUUAGCAAGACCGACGAAAGAAGAUUUUCGAAAUAAAAGACAAGAUCCCAGGCCGUUUGUGCCCUACGUUGACUUCCGUAGCAAAGAGAAUGUUACACGUCCACCGUCCAGCGGUUCGCUGGGAGACGGCGGCCAGGGCGUGCGCGCAGGCAGCGGGGCGACAGGCCCCGGCAGCACCAGAAGCCCUGUGCCCGCGCCUCCGACCGGCCCGCCCAAGGGCCCCGGCACCGCCACCCUCGUCGACGAGUCGCCCCUGUCCCCGCUCAAGUACUUCCAGGAGCGAUGCGCCUCCAGCAAGGGCGACGGCUCGUGCUACCCCGCCGCCGACUGCCAGCGCCUGGGAGGCGUCGCCAUCGAGCUGUGCCCGGGCAGGAAGUUGCAGUGCUGCGUCUUUGAGCGCUCUUGCGGAGAUGUGUCUGGAGAGCGUCUCACGUACUUCCAGUCUCCGGACUACCCGGCUCAGUCCAUGGGCACCCUGGCCUGCGAUUACGACGUCGCCAUCCAGAGCGACGUGUGUGCCGUCAGAAUUGAGUAUGAGAAGGUGCAAUUAGCAAGAAAAUUAGGAGGUGUAUGUGAUAUUGAUCAAAUUUUUAUUCUUAACUCUGUUGAUGGUCCUACAACUGGUCAAUGUGGUCCUCUCUCAGGUUACAGUAAUUUUGAUGACUUGGAUUUUACAGCAACUGUUGCAGUCAAUCCAGGACAAACAAAACCAGUGAAAUUGGCUGUUUUGGUUCAGAAUGAAGCAUAUUAUCAUUGGAGAAUAAAAGUGAUGCAAAUCCGUUGCUCUCAACUUCGAAAUUUUCAUGCUCCUGGCACUUGUGGAAGGAAAGAUCAAGAUGUGUCUGCAGCUGCAACAGAAGAAUUUAUGGAAACAUUACCUAGCUUAUUCCACAUCUUGCAAGAUGUGAAAUGGCGAAGAGCACAUACUUCACGCACUCCUGGAGGGGUGUGGUGGAGUUUCCCAGAGCCAGUAUUCAAUACUUUCUAUUACGGUACAAUGAAGAAACACUUGCAGCAGCAGAGUUCCCAUUCUGUACACCUAGUCAGGGAAGCAGAGGAACGCAUAGUAGGAGGCUCUGACGCAGAACUAUAUGAAUUUCCAUGGCAAGUGGCUAUCUUUCUAGAAGACUUAUUUUUUUGUGGAGGAGCUUUAAUAAAUGAUCAAUUUGUUCUUACUGCAGCACAUUGUCUCAUGACCCGAGAUACUCCUGUAGAAUCAAUUGUUCUACAGCUUGGUGAUCAUGAUCUUACCACUAUAAAUGAAACUACUCAUGUUACUCGACGUGUUCGUUCAGUUUUAUUUCAUUCUCACUUUCAUCCAUUCCUACUAGCCAAUGAUAUAGCUAUGUUACGGUUGGAUAAACCUGUAGCUCUGUCUUAUCGAGUAAGACCAGUUUGCUUACCCAAUCCAGCUGAUUCUUACACUGGUCGACAAGGAACUGUGGUUGGCUGGGGCAUAACGUCAUUUCCAAUGGGAGAACCUAGUCCAAUUCUUCAAAAACUGGCAGUGGAAACCCUUUCUAAUUUCCAGUGUGCUAGAAUAAUUGAGGAACCUGUAGGUCUUGGCAUGAUAUGUGCAGCACCUUCAUCAUUCCAAGGAACAUGUUUUGGAGAUAGUGGAGGACCAAUGACUAUCACAGAACCAGAUGGUACUGAUGUUCUUGUGGGACUAGUUAGUUUUGGAGUGACUGGUUGUGCAGUUAUUCCAGCAUUUCCUGAUCUUUACACCAGAGUUUCUGAGUACCUGAAAUGGAUUGACGUCAAUGCUAUUACAUAAUUUAUAAAAUGUCUAGAUAUAUAUUUUAUAAACAGCCA